CCCUCAUAAAUCAGCGAUGACUCUUCCUUUGUACCCUGCGCUUCCUUUUCUUCUGCUCUGCUUUCAGCCGGCCUAAGCCCCUCCUUCACUCCUAACUUCGAACAUGUUCACCAAUCCGUUGUCUCUCUCUCUCUCUAUCUCUACUUUAUUUCAAUACUUUGAUCGGAUCAAGUAUUGAACUUCGGCUGUGGAAGUUACCCGGAGCAACAAUUUUAAAUUUGAUGCGUCUGGGUUCCGACGAAUUUCGAUCUUUUUUAUCAUCUCCGAUGUGGUCGAUCCGAUUUUGAUAUAGACUGGUGGUUUUGAUCUGCAAUUUAAUCUGGUGGACUUCAAUCGCGGAUUCGAUUCCAGAUUCUGUUUUUCGGUUCCGUUUGAGAUGGUCUAUUUCCAUAGCUCAAUCUCGCUCUGCAAGCCCGUUGACCAAGCCCCUGUCGUGGCGAAUUCUGGGUUUUCUUACGAAAUCGGUUCUAAUUCGAGGCAAACUAAUAGCACACAGCGGAAUAGAAGGAUGCCCACUUCCCCCAAUACUCCGCAAGUUGUGACAUGCGAUCGAUCUCGAUGGGCUGUGGUUGAAGUGGCGUUAUUCAUUGCUGCAAUUUGCGCGUUCGGUUUCUUGUUCUUUCCAUUCAUCUACUAUGUUGUCACUGGGUCUAUUAAGAUUUCUUGCGCAAUUCUAUAUGCGGUGAAAGAAGAGGUUUCUCUUGCGCCACCGAUCUAUAUGUACGUAGGAUUUGGCAUUUCUCUUGCUGCAUUUUCUGUCUGGGGAGUUUUGACAUGCACGAGUAGGAAAUGCGGGAAUCCCGAUUGCAAGGGGUUGAAAAAGGCUGCUGAGUUUGAUAUUCAGUUGGAAACAGAGGAUUGUAUAAGGAAUUCACCUAACGAAGGAAUCAAAAAGGGCCUCUUUGAACUGCCUCGUGAUCAUCAUCGAGAACUGGAAUUGGAGCUGAAGAAGAUAGCACCCCCCAAUGGAAGAGCUGUUCUGAUUCUUCGGGCAAGAUGUGGAUGUUCUGUUGGUAAACUAGAAGUUCCAGGUCCAAAGAAGCCGCGAAAGAUCAAGAGGUAGGGAAUUGACACAUGAGAGCGUUUAGGAAUAAUCUUUUAUAGAAUGUAGUCACCAUGCCUUCUCUUCUCCCACCAGUCCGAUACGAACUAAAUUAUCUUUAAAUAAGCCUAUUGGGCAAUAAAGUUGCAAGGUAUUGUGGGUGACAUAAAGUUAAUUAUACCUGAGAAUAUAACACACUUUUAUUCGGUUC